UUCAGUUGUGUCGAGAACCCGCCAGCUCUUAAGGUGGUCCCUUCUGCCCAACUUUUUACCUUUAUUUAACUACAAUAAUAUUGUCAUUUUCCUAGAUUUUUUAUUUAAAAUUUAAAAUUUGCUUUUGAUUUUAUUUUUAAAACAUUUAAUGUCAAAAAUCAGCGCUGACAUUUUAGCUUAGUUUUGCUGUCACUCUUCGUAACGUUGCGGUUAAGUAAAACAAAACAGUGAACCAGUGGUACUUGUUUAUUUAUAUUACGAAAUUCAAAGUGAUAUUAUUUCAAAUAGCUUUGUUUUAAAUAAUUUGAUUGAUUAGAGCGUAAUUGUCGAUUAAAAAUUCAUUAGUGGUUGCUAGAUAAAUAUAAAAUAUUUAUUUUUUAGUAAGUAAAUACAUUUAUUUAAAUAGUCUGGCUCAUUACCGAGAAUGUCGGGUAAAAAUAACUAAAUGUAAAAACUAGAAAAAUUUUUUUAAAGCUGUUUUUAAAACAUAAUGAUUCAACUCGCUGAAUGAGUAGUUCUUAAUGACACUUGUCAAAAAAACAAGUAAAAGAAAAAUGAAGCGAACGACAAAGUGAUCCAUUUUUACGUCAAACCGAUUGAAAAAAAAUGCAGUUUCGACGCACGUGACCAGCAGCUACAUCCGUAUUCAGGAGGUAAACUUUACACAUGUGUACUAUGAAAACUAUUAUGAUAAAAUGGCCAGUCAUUUCAUCGUGACAAAUUCAUCCAGCAUAACUUCAUUGACUGUAUUAUUCAUUCGUCAGUUUGCGUACGUUCAAGAGGAGAAUGGCUAAACUCGACAAAUUGGAUAACAUGGAUUGCCCAGAGUGUUCAGGACCACCACCGAUAUUUCGGUUACCUCCACCACCUAGGCCACCUUUCCUUACGGAAACGGCAUUCUGCUCGGAAGCACCUUUAGCCGAACUUGAGGAUUGUGUUGCUUUUCCGAUGAUCGAUGCGUCCUAUCAUGCCAAUCCGUCAUUACAGAACACAGCUCUAAUAAUCGCCUGUACUGUUAUUUUAUUGUUAAUGGCUGCGAUCGUUUCCGUCGUAUUCUGGAAACACAAGAGAAAAGUGCAGAACCUCCUUCCUUGCAAAAGCGCAGUAUCAGUAACAGCGACAACCGGGCGUACCCGGGUCUUGCCGAAUGGGCAAGCUUUAACGUCCGCCAGCGGUAAUAUGAUGGGUGGGAAUAACGCAGCCCGUCUCUAUGAGGAUAUGAUGGAGCACGUACCGCAUUCUCAAAUCCACAAUCACUUGCCAGCUCAACUUAGGAUGCAACCAACAAUCGAGGUACGAGGUAUAGAUCCCUCGAGGCAGCAGAUGAUUGAUGUCAAUAAGGAGAAGAAUGGGAAUCGAGGCUUUGUGUGUAGCAGCCCUGGACCAGAUCCGUACGGAUCACAAGAUCUUUAUAAUCCAGUUUAUGAAGAGCUUUGUAAUGGUGAUAACCAACCUGACACAGACGAAGAAGGUGAAAUAAAUGGGCGAAAUCGUUUGCACCACCGUGCAUCAGCAAAUUCAAAAUCAGCAAGCGAGGAUGAAUUCGCAGAGGAUGAAUUAUCUGUCGGCGAGCCUUCUGAGUCACGGGUGUUAACCUCAGCAUCCCCAGGGCCGGUGUCAUGGAGUACAUGUCCCGCCGGGUCUUCGCGAACUUCACGUGAAAGACGAGGCAAGAGCCCCAGAAGCUUAGAUCGACGCAGAAAAAAUAAAACUCAUGACGUUGGCGAAUUUCACGAAGGAAUGCUUCUUGAUGCAUUGCUACAAUUUUAUCCUAAUGUUCCGGGUAUAGCAGGAACUAAAACUAAUUCUAGUCAACGAAUAAAACCUGCUGUCACGGUAGCACAUAAAUUUCCGUACUAUGUGCCGCAAAUGCCUCCACAAUUUCACUCAUUAAAUAGAGAAAUAAACAACAAAGAAGAAGAAAAUCCGUACGAGAGUGUACCAGUUCUAGGUCCGCUGCAUAAUUAUUCAAGUCAAAGUAAAACAAAUCCGAAAGACAAAUCUUCUAGCAAAGUGUCAACAGUCAAUGAUUACGAUAAAUAUCCCCAGUAUGGCUCGGAAUACUUUGGACUACACAAUCAGGUGGUGACGCCAAUUUAUACACAAGUUGGUAAUGAUUAUUCAGAUACAUACGCCCAACCAACUGAUAAACUUUACUACAGUGACGAUAGAUACGCUCAACCUGUUUAUUUUACUUCGCGCGAUCCAGAACAAACUUCUGCUGGUAAACUCUACCAAGGACAGCCUGACAGUAGUUUUGGUAGUGAUAGUGGUUACAGUCAUCAUACGUCCGGUGGUACAACGAUUUAUAAUAAUGGUGGUACUAGAAGCAGUAUUACACGGACUAAUCAUCGUAAAGAUAAACAUCGAAAUUCAAAUCAUUCACAUCAUUCCGUCGAUUUUAUAUUUUCACAAUAAAUUAACAUUCUCAUUUUUUUUUCCAUCAUCAGUAAGAUUAAGUGCAAUGCCACGAUGAAUAAUUUUUGUUACGUUUUUUUUUUUUAAAUCUUUUAAUGAAAAAAAAUUUUUUUUACUUGAAAUUUAAAAUUAAUAUAAAUGUUUAUAUUUUUAUUCUGAGUCAAUAGUUGUAAAUCAAUUUCUUAUACCAAAGCUAAAAAAAAAUAUAACAGACAAAUCAAUUUAUUGAAUAGUAUAUCAUCAAUAAUUAAUAAUCUGCCAUAUAAAUUGAAAUUUUUACGAGAAGAAAAAAAAGUCAUAGGUUCAUCUCUUUAGGUAGACUAUGAAAAAAAGUAUACAUUGAUGUAAUAUCAAGUGAGAUAAUUUUGGGUUAGUGGUAAAUGAUAAGUAUUAUUUUUUAAGCUAAUUAUUAUUAUUAUUAUUAAUUAAUACUGAGAAAAAAAUAAUUAAGAAACAUGUCCUUAAAAUUUUUUAUAAAUUUAAUAAUACAAUUUUAAUGAUAUUUGUUUUUUUUUUGUUUUGCGAUAAAGUUAGAUUAAGAUAGAUCCGAUAUUUGAAUUUAAAUUGGUAAAAAAUAUGUUGUUUUUAUAGACCAAUAUUUAAAAGAAUUAAGGACAUUGUGAUAAUUAAUAUUUGAGAUGAACUUUAUUAUAUUUUUUUGUGCGUCCAUAUUUAUCUUUAGUAUAUAAUAAUAUUAUAAUUAAUAUACUACGUAAGUAAUUUUUGAUCUUAAACACUAGGGUAAUAAAUUCAACCAAAGAAUGAGAUAGUUUUGUACACGCUUAUUCGUGUAUCCCGACAAAAUUAUAUAAUCCGCAAAUAGAAUUGUAUAUUAUCAUAAUUUAUAAAAAAAAAAUAAUAACAAUAGUAUGCAAUACUAUUAUUAUUUAUUUAUAUACGUGAUUAUUUUUUUUAAUAAGUAAAUAAUAAUGAUAAAAAUUAUUAUUGCACGCUUAUUAAUAUUAUGUAUCGUCCAAUAGUUCAGCUUUCAUUGUUCUGUGAUCGUAAAUUAUACAUAACAAUAAAAAUAAAAAUGAAACCGAAUUGUCAUCAAUAUAAGCCGUUGAAAAAACAUAAAUUUAAUGAUGAAAAUUAAAAGAAAUAAUAUUAAAUAAAGAAUAUAAAUUCUGAAUGCUAUCAUAGAACAAAAGUCGUAGAAUUUUCAUAAAAAACAUGUACGUCAACUUCUAUAUCAUGAAAACAAUUUUAGCUGGUAGACAAUAUCACUAUGUAAACCUGAUUUUUCUAAAUUAUUGACAGAAAUAAAUUUUUUAACGAAAUUUCGGUAAGAUCCGUAUGUGUAAAAGUUGGUUAUCUCUAAUCAGUAUUAAUCCAGAAAUAGUUGAGAAAAGUUAAUAAAAUGAAACAUAUAAAAAAAAACAAAUGGAAAGAGAAAGCUAAAACAAUAAACA